ACUCCUUGCCGGGACGGUAUAACAGUAGCCUACAGAGCGGGGACCGGUCGUUGAUGGGGAAGGGCAGCAGCCGCAGCAGCAGUCGGGCGCACCGACCGAAGCAUGCUCCAGUGCAACCAUGACUUGCUCGGCGUCAGAUAGCGAGAAGAUCGUGAUCAACUGCGGCGGGAUCCGACACGAGACCUACCGGAGCACCCUCAAGACUUUGCCGGGGACGCGCUUGUCUUGGCUGACCGAACCCGACGCCUACAGCAACUUCGACUACGACCCAAAGUCCGACGAGUUCUUCUUCGACCGCCACCCGGCCACCUUCGCCUUCAUCCUUAACUAUUACCGCACCGGCAAGCUCCACUGCCCCAAUGAUGUAUGUGGGCCGCUCUUUGAGGAGGAGCUCGCCUUCUGGGGCAUCGAUGAGACGGACGUGGAGGCGUGCUGCUGGAUGAACUACCGACAGCACCGUGACGCUGAGGAAGCCCUGGACAGCUUCGAAACCCCCGAGCCGGACGCACCCGAGGAUGACCCGGCGCUCACCGGCGGGGCGGACGGCGACCUGAAGCGGCUGUGCAUGCAGGAGGAUGGCCGCAAGGCGACGUGGUGGGAGGUGUGGCAGCCCAACAUGUGGGCGCUGUUCGAGGACCCCUACUCCUCCAAAUACGCCCGGUAUGUGGCAUUUGCCUCGCUCUUCUUCAUCCUUCUGUCCAUCUCCACCUUCUGCCUGGAGACCCACGAAGCCUUCAACACCAUCUACAAUAAAACAGAAAAUGUCACUGUUGGCAAUGUGACACAUGAGGAGAUAGUGUAUGAGGUAGUCACGGAUGGCUGGCUGACAUACGUGGAGGGUGUCUGCGUCAUUUGGUUCACCAUUGAGGUGAUGGCGCGUGUUGUCUUCUGCCCUGACAAGGCAGAGUUCUUUCGCAGCGCCCUUAACAUCAUUGACUUUGUGGCCAUCGUGCCCUUUUACUUGGAGGUGGCGCUGAGUGGCCUCUCCUCCAAAACAGCCAAAGACGUGCUAAGCUUCCUGCGCGUGGUGCGCUUUGUCCGUAUCCUGCGUAUAUUCAAGCUGACCCGCCACUUUGUCGGUUUACGGGUCCUGGGCCACACUCUGCGGGCGAGCACCAAUGAAUUCCUGCUGCUCAUCAUCUUCCUGGCGCUGGGCGUCCUCAUCUUUGCUACCAUGAUCUACUAUGCGGAACGCAUCGGUGCCGACCCUGACGAUCCAACAGCUGCAGCUCACACCAACUUCAAGAACAUCCCCAUCGGGUUCUGGUGGGCUGUGGUAACCAUGACCACACUGGGUUAUGGGGAUAUGUAUCCUGAGACAUGGUCAGGAAUGCUGGUGGGUGCCCUCUGCGCCUUGGCUGGUGUGCUGACCAUCGCUAUGCCUGUACCUGUUAUUGUCAACAACUUUGGCAUGUACUACUCCUUGGCUAUGGCCAAGCAGAAGCUCCCCAAGAAGAGGAAUAAGCACAUCCCCCGAGCGCCACAGCCUGGCAGCCCCAACUACUGCAAGCCAGAUGCCCUGGCCAUGGCAACCGCCUCGCCACACAGGCUGAUGGGCAAUGUACUUGGGCCAGGAAUGGUGGGAUCCGGCAGCAUGAUGGGUACUGGAGACUGCCCAUUGGCACAGGAGGAGAUUAUCGAGAUCAACAGGGCAGAUUCCAAGCAGAAUGGCGAUGCGGCAGCUAAUGCGGCCGCCCUUGCCAACGAGGACUGCCCCACCAUCGACCAGGUCCUUGGAGAUGAGCGCAGCCCAGCUACCGGGGGCCUGGGCUCCACCACCAGCCGCGAGCGCUACCCUCAUGACAGGGCCUGCUUCCUGCUGAGUGCCGGGGAGUUCCAGCGCACGACAGAUGGGAACGUUCGGAAAGAGAACUGUUCAGAAAGCCCUGUGCUUAUCAGAUAUAUGCAAAAAGAAGCAGUAACUGUGAACUAAUGCUAAAACAUGAAAAAAACAAAUCCAGCUUCUUCCAUCAUUGUCUCAACUCCUCUUCUGCAAGAGAGAGGACAGACCAUCCUCCUCCCAAGAUACCUCCUCACCAAAAUGCCCCUGUCCAUGGUCUCAUUUGUCUGCUUCUUCAUUAUGUCUGUAACUUCAUGCUGCCCAUGUCAUGUUUAUGUCCCUCUGUCCUGUUCUAUUGUCUACACUUGCAUUUAAACUGUAGUGAGUUCAGGAGGAUGCCUCUGCAAUGUGAGAAUGCAAUGAUUCGUUACAAGCUCCCACAAAAGAUGAGGAUCAGGGCCAGAUAAACCUACUGGGGGCCCUGGGCAAACUGAGCUGUGGCCCCUUUUGAACAAACCCACUCUAACCCAGCUCUUUUUGUUUGUUUCAUUUACACUUGACUAAAUGUAAACGUAUGUAAGAAUACUCACCAUGUAAGUAUAAGUGUGUUUUAAUGUCCAAAACACUGUGCUCAGGUUAGCUCUGCUGGCCUGACUUCAGUGCUUGGACUCAAAGAACCUUGCUAAUCUAGCAACAUCAAGGCUACAAGCAAUCCAUAAUACAACACUUUCUGUAGGAACCUACAAUACUCUCACCAUUUAAAAAAUUAACCGAUGUUUUGAAAAUGUGUAUGUCCAGUCCUUGGAUAUAACAUGACCCCCACUCUUUCAGUAGUAAUGUCUUGCCUCAUAUUCUGGCUAUUCCAUUAUGAAGUGCAAGAUCAGGUAAAAAGUCAGAAAAACUAAAAGGCUAAUGGAAUGCUAUCAUCACUUACUUUGUUGGAUAUAAUACCUGUGGAACCAAGUUAGCGGGUGUAAACCAGUGGGCUGUUAGUUAUACAGUCAAAGAUUCAUUUGACAGCAUGGUCAAAAUGGUGAGAUCAUUGAAAACUUUUGAAUUACUUUAUUGUUGCGGAUAUUGCCAUUGGUGAAAAGUAUGGGUAUAAGUGUGGUGGAUGGGCAGGUACCGCAUCAAAUCUCCAGGCAGGAGACCAGAAUCCAAUAUGGGACAUGCAAUUCAUUUUCAAGCUUUUAUUUUUAACCACGAUCUUUAUCUAACCUUAACAAAGUGUUUUAGUUGCCUAUGAGUCUCAUAUCAGCCAUUAUUUGCCAUAACAAAAAUAUUUUCUUAACCUUAACCAUAGCAGUUGCUGUGUAUAGGUAUUACAAAUAGCAUGAAAAAAAUACGUGAAAGGGCAUCGGAGGCUUAGUGGUAGAGCAGGCGCCCCAUGUACAAGGCUGUUGCCGGAGCGGCCCGGGUUCGACUCCAGCCUGUGGCCCUCUCUCUCUCUCCCCCUUCAUGCUUAUCUGUCCUGUCAAAUAAAGGCUAAAAAAAAGGCCAAAAAAAUAUUUAAAAAAAAAAAAAUAUGUGAAAUACCUGAAAUGGACACAAUCUCAUAACAAAGCAUUGCAUGGUGAGGAGCAGGAAAUAUGUUAAAAUGAUGCGCUGACAACACAAAAACAAUGCUGAUGACAAGUCUGUUAUGAGUGGUCGCAGUUUUGUUGUGAAACGGUCACAGUUUGGUAGGUUUAGGGAGAGACAAUGACUUGGUUAGGUUUAGAGAACAAAAAAAUACAUGGUUAAGUUUAGGGAAAAACGGUGGUUUCGAUUAAAAUUACAUAUUUAAUGUAAAUUUAUGUAGCCUACUUUGUGUAGUUGCACAUAGUAGUUAUUAGUUAUUUGCAUAUUUACUCAGUGUCAUGUAACUACGUUGACUUUUGGUUUCACAUGGCAAGCUAAAAGCAGUCUCCCUGCUGAAAGUCUGUGAUUGUUUGACCCAUCCAGCACCACUCCCACUCCCACCCACCAUACCCAGGCUUUUUCACUCUUUAUACUUAAUUUGUGUGUCCACCAAGACAAAAGGUUCUCACUGACUUUGCUUUGGCCUUGUUUUUGUGUUGCCAGCACAUCAUUUUUAACACAUUUCAUACACCCCAUCACAUAAUGCAUUGCUGAGAAGCCGUGUCCAUUUCAUGUAUUUCUGUGACACCAGGCUGGAUAUUACAGACAGCAAAUUAUUUUAAAAAACUCUGGCGUUGAAUGUAAAAAAAAUAAUGCUUUAGUGGUGUAUGUUAUGAAAGACAUGUUUGCUAUUUUAUUUUUUGCCUCAAAAAGAUCCUUGAAGAAGUUGCAUUGACUACUCAGUAAGAAACCACACUGCAGAGGCACCCUUCAAAAUUCAAUUUCGUAUUUAACAUUUCUAAAUUUUCUACCCCUUGUUGCCAACAUUUCUCUCUUUUCCAUCCAUUCACAACUCAGGUAUCAAUCUCUCCCUCUGUGCCCCUGUUCAUCCAUGUUUCCUCAAAGAUGUACUGUAUGUAUGAAAAAGGGAGAGAUGAAAAAAAGACGAGUUUUUCCUCUCUUUUCUGUCCCAGUGAAUACCAUGUGCUUUGUUUUGCGGCUCUUGCCCCUACCUUCAAAGAUGCUAUUUUGCUUUCCUAGUCCACCUGUGCUUCCUUUCUUCUCUUUGUGUCAUUCCCUCGUCUUUCCACCCUCAAUGACUGUGUCCCUCUUUCUGUGAGACACACCAUCUGUUGUCCCCCCACCCUGAAGUCUCUCACAGCAAAAACCAAAAAGGAAUUGAGUAAAAUUGGAGCAUCUUCGCACCUAAAAAACAAAAAAAGUUUUGCCAAACACUGGAUUUCACCAAGGAGGAAGACAGGAACGAACAUUUAAAUGACUGAAAAACACUGCAGUGGUACAUUGUAGAAGGGAAGGAGGGAAAAAUGUGCUGUGAAAUGAUGUGUUCUGAGUGGAUUGUCAGCCGAGCAGCAUCAGAGGGAGGAGAUGGAGGAGGAAAAGUUUGGGGAAGACAGAAAAGUGUGGUGAUGAGGAGAAAGAAAGAAAGAAAGAAGCAAAAUCGCUUCUCCAUGUAAGAAUGUGUACCUCACUGUUGUUCCUGUGCACCGUUUUUGCUCUGUGUUGUGUUUCUUCACCUGUGUGUGGUUCUUUGUUGGUGUGACAUUUUGUUUUAUGUUAUGUGUGUUUUUGUGUUAUGUACCGCACUCUAUUUCCUUCCCUUUUUUUUCCCUUUUUGUGUAGUCUUUGUGUGAACCACACCUGGGUCAAACACCAGCUACGGCUUGUUUUAUCCCACACAGGUGCACAAGAGUUGUACUUUGUCAUUUGGGCAAGCACAAACUGCACCACAGCAAGAUGAAUUAGAAAUAAACUGUCCUGAUACAGCAAACCCUGUCGGUCUAACUUAAAGUGGGAUGAAGCAAAAAGCUAAAAUUAUUUGACCAAGGUCUGGUCUAAUGUGCAGGACACACCAACUGAGAUGUUCCACUCUCAGCUCUUGGUCUGGAUCUCGGCCCAGUCCUGGUUGACUGCAGUCCUCUGGUUUCAACUUUGAGAUCUUGGUUUCACAAAGUUUGUGACCUUGAUGUCUCUUGAUCUCAUCAGCUUCCUAAUUAGUGUCCUAAGAAUUGUUACAUCAGAGGACUGAGCAGCCCCCCGAGGACCUCUUUAGAUUGUAUCUGUAUGAGUGAGUUACAGAGACAAAAAGAAACAUCAGUGUGUGUCACAUUCGAGCUCUGUGUACUUGCAUGUUGGUUGGGCUGGGCGAUCUUUGCAAUGGUGUCUUUUCUUUGCUUCAGUGGUGUGUUUGGCCUAUCAUUUCUUUGCCUUGGUGUACAGUAUUAUAU